GCUAACCCCGAAAGCCCACCCCUGCGUGUUCCUGGAUGUCAAACCAAAUCCACAGCCCCACAUUCCUGCAGAUGCUUGCUGGAAAUAACAUCUGUUUAUGAGAGAGGGAUGUAAAACCACAAGGACCCAGCCUUGCCUUGCUAUGCCUGUGGUAGAUGGAGGUACAUGGUGUUCCCAGCAGUCGCAACGCUCCUCUGCUUCUUGCGCUAUUUCUGGGGCCGGCAGCAGUCGCUGCUUUGUAAGAAACCGGGUUGCCUUGUAAUUACCGUUCCCUUUCGCAAACAUCCAAGGCUGUCAUUUGCAGCUGUCCGGUGCUUAAUUCUCUGCAAAUAAAGCUUUCAGUUUGGCAAGCGCAAACGUCGAGCUUUUAGAUGCCGUUGGUGAGCAGUGUGGUAGCAGCAGCUGCCUCUUCUCCUCUUGCCUGUGCUUGGCCCAUCCAAAACGUACCAUGUCGAUUGCACACACUGCGGGCGAGUAUAUGCUCUCGGAUGCUUUGCUUCCGGAUCCGAAUGGCUCCAGGGCAAAGGGGCUUCGCUUGGAGCUAUCGUGUGACCGCAUUGUGAAGUUUGUCACUGUGGGGCUGCCCCUCCUGCUCGUGUCCCUGUCAUUUGCACGGGAAUUUUCGUCGGGCUCCCAGAUCAGUUGCUUCUCUCCUGCCAACUUCACAGGGAAGCAAUCGGCCUACGUUGACGCUGUGUGCUGGGACUCCUUGCUUCACUAUGACUACGAUACUAUGGGAGACUCUCGAUCCAGAUCCCUCUGGGUCCUCAAGGUCUUCCCAUAUUCCUUGCUGGUGAUUGCCGUCGCCAUGUACCUGCCUUCUCUGCUCUGGAGAUAUGCGGCUGCCUCGUCGCUGAACUGCGACCUGCUCUUCAUCAUCGAUGAGCUGGAUAAAUCCUACAACCGGUCCAUCCGCUUAGUGCAACACAUGGUGAAACUACAACAGUCUGGUACCGACCCAGAAGAGCUAUGGGAGGAAUAUGACAAGGCUCGCAGGGAACGCUAUUUUGAAUUCCCAUUACUGGAGAGGUACCUCACUUGCAAGCAGCGCUCCUACUACCUCGUUGGGGUUUACGUGCUACGGAACCUCCUCCUCCUCUUCCUCCUCGCUGCCACCUGCUUCUACUUGGGCUACUUCCAUGUGGGCGUCUUUUUCCAAGAUGAGUUCAGCUGCACCAUCAAAGUGGGCCUGCUAAGAGAUGAGCUUCACAUCCCAGGCUCGGUCCCUUGCAAGCUCGUCUUCUUCACCGUCUUCCAGGUGACCAGCAUCUGCAUCGGGUGCGUGUAUGUCCUUCUGGGGCCCAUCGUCAUCUACCACCUGCUCCAGCUGUGCCAGUGGGACAAGCGACUCCUAUCCAUCUAUGAGAUGCUGCCGGCUUUUGACCUCCUCAGCAGGAAGAUGCUGACCUGCCCUCUGAACGACCUGAACAUCAUUUUGCUGUUCCUGCGUGCCAACAUCUCGGAGGUCAAGUCCUUCAGCAGGCUGAGCGUGCUGUGCACUCUGAGGGAUGUCAGGGCGGAUAAGGAAGACAUUGACACUGUAGUGGAUUUUAUGACCCUCUUGGCUGGUCUGGAGAUGUCGAAGCCUAAGCACAAUCUCUGUGCCAAUGGAAACUCGGCUCAUCCCAACAGUGAAAUUAUUGAAAUGAAGCCUGCCUUGGAAUCUAAAGAAGAUUGACACGCCCAACCGGCAGCGGACUAUAGACAGGGCAGCAAACAGCAGAGGAAACGGGACUGAUGAACAGUGCUAGAACACAAAGACAGCCGGUGCCCCAAUAAUAAUAAUAAUAAUAAUAAUAAUAAUAAUAAUAAUAAUAAUAAUUUAUUAUUUAUACCCCGCCCAUCUGGCUGGGCCUCCCCAGCCACUCUAUGUACAGCAUCCUAUGUACACCCAUCCUAUGUACAGCAAUGUGCUGUGUGCUUUCAUCACGAUUCUAAGUUGUAUCAUGUUUUCCUGGUACAGGACUGCACCAUCCUAAGUGCUUGCUUGCUUAUUGGGUACAAUGUCCAUAGAAUUGAAUACUUGGAAUACGAUUCUUGCACGCUGGCUAUUGGUUGCUGGCAAAUGUCUUUGUAUUGUUUGAGGCUUAAUGUACUCAUAGGAUUAGGCUGCCAGUUGCUCUGGCAGAAUCCUGGGCCUUUUAAGUGGCACUGCAGACAGAUCGAACUUCUCCACCAUGGCAAGUGUGAUUCACCUGUUUAAUAUCUGUACAAACCUGCUGAAGGUGCAACGGCCUUUUCAUGAAAAAUUUUUAGUGGCUUUCUUAUGUUGUAUGCUAAUGUUCACCUUACCUACAGCCCCUUUGUCUUCCUUGCUGUGUUCAUUCUGCAAACUAAUCAUUAAAUUUAAUGUCACACUGA